AUGGCCUUUACAGACUUUGAACCAUUUCACUGGCACUUAACUGAUCUCUACUACACCUUCCAUUUCCACAUCCAAAGCAUCCUCCUCCUAGUCAUUUUCUUCUGCUUUGUCAUCCUUUUUCCCUCCCUAUACAUAUACUACCAUUUCUUCUUUCGCCAUAUUUCUUCUGCAAACACGGCCACAGCCUUGAGCCCAGUGUCACUAGCCAUUGCAAUAAGGAGUCAGUCAGAUGGGCUCGACGCUGCCACAAUCCACAGCUUUCCCAUUUGCCUGCACAAAGAUUUGGCCACUAAAACUUGCAACAUGAUGGCCACCAACACUACUACUACUACUGUCAAGAAUGUUGUUGAAGACAUGGCCGCCGAGUGCUCGAUAUGUCUAGGGGUGUUUCAAGAUGAAGAGAUGGUUAAGGUGUUGCCUGAAUGUCACCAUACUUACCAUUGUGUGUGUGUAGAUAAGUGGCUCACCACUCAGUCAAGUUGUCCUCUUUGUAGAGCAUCUCUCCAUGCUGUCUCUUCCACUGAACCAGCUGUAGUCAUUGAUAUAUGCUAA